AUGGCUUUGGUCACUAAGAAAUUUGAAUCUGAUUGUCUUGAGUUGGAUGCUAUAGUUUGUGGAGAAUUAUAUGGAUUCCAUGGUUCUCGAAGCUCACAGUUUCCUCCGGAUGAUAAUGGGGUUUUGACUCACAAUGGUAGUCACUUGGCGAGCACAUUCUGUGCCCUAGCCAUUCUAAAGGCUGUUGGCUAUAGUUUUGCAAAUAUUGAUCGUGUUUCAAUAUUGACAUCAAUGAAAAAUCUUCAACAGCCUGAUGGGAGUUUCAUGCCUAUCCAUUGUGGGGCAGAGAUGGAUCUUCGGUUCGUAUACUGUGCUGCUGCAAUCUGUCAUAUGUUGGACGAUUGGAGUGGCAUGGACCGGGAGAAAGCUAAGGAUUACAUAUUAAACUGCCAGUCAUAUGAUGGUGGGUUUGGCUUGAUUCCUGGUUCAGAAUCACAUGGCGGUGGUACCUACUGCGCAGUUGCAUCUCUCAGAUUGAUGGGGUUCAUAGAAGAUGAUGUUCUUUCUAAGUCUGUAUCUUCUUCCGUUAUCAACUUGCCAUUGAUGCUGAAUUGGUGUUUGCAGAGGCAAGAGGAUGAUGGUGGAUUUCAAGGUAGAGCCAACAAGCCUAGUGACACAUGUUAUGCAUUUUGGAUUGGGGCAGUUUUGAGGAUCUUGGGCGGCUAUAAGUUCAUUGACACGGAAGCUUUACGUGGAUUUUUGCUAACUUGUCAGUCUCAGUAUGGUGGUUUCAGUAAAUACCCAGGGGAGCUGCCUGAUCUAUACCACUCAUACUAUGGAUAUACUGCAUUUAGUCUUCUGGAAGAACCUGGGCUAAACCCACUUUGUCCCGAACUGGGAAUGACAGAUUUUUCGACUUUGGGAAUAUGACUUGAUCAUAAUUCUUAGUGAAAUAUAUUAUUUGCCCCCUCUCACACCUCAUUUUUCAGGAUGAUUGUACCUGUGCUCACUUCUUUUUUCUUUCAAUGUUGUUUGUAUAUUGUGAUUAAAAGGAUGUAUCUAAUGAUAAGCUAAACUUAAAACUUACCAUACCAAUUUUUUGACCAUGUAAUCUCUGAGCACGAUAUAGAAUUUUUUCUGAUAAUGUUGGAGAAAUUUU